AUGGGCGAUAUACCAACCCUAGAAAAUGUCCCAGCAGAGGCAGAAAAGACAAUUGGACCAUUCAUAAAAAGAGGACGGGAAGUUGCAACGGCACAACCUCUAAUAUCGUAUUACUGUUAUCUUUACGCCGCACAACUCAUUUUGGAAAGUAAAUUACAUACGCAAUAUACCUCGGUUGCAGAAUAUAUAGAGGUGCUUUUGGAUACAAUUGAGACGAAUAGAAAAAGUCUGGAAGAAGGAGCACCUAAGUUGGCUGAAAUUCUCUUGGAUAAGGAAAAGUCCUUUAAGUUAGUACUUGGAUUUACACUGUCAAUUUUUAAUAAAUGUGCCUCUGAAAUAGAUCAGCAUAUGUGUUCCAAGAAGACAGUCCAAGGUUUUAUGGCCUUUUUGAACUUUAUUGAAAUUCUAAAGUUGUGGCCUGAAAUAUAUGAAACCAAAAAAGACGAGCUCCAAAAACAAAUCAAAUACGCAAAGUACCACUCAAACCGAGUUUUGAAGUCACUUAAGAAUGGUGAAGAUCCAAAUGACUACGUCACAGAAAACGACAAGGAGAUGCUAGACCAGCUUUUACAAGAACAAUUUGAGGGGACGCAAGAUGGUGUGCAAGAAAGUCCAACUGAUGAAAUAGCACCAACCCUCCCUGAACCACCUUCCAAUGCUCCCAAUAACGACAUCGUAUUACCGACUGCACCGGUUUUGAUAAAAAACCAUAAAAAUAGCCUUGGGUUACCAGCAGUUCCAAACGAAUCUUUGUCAAUACAACCAGCGUCGCCGGACUCAACAAGGGUCUCGCAUAUUCCUCAAUUACCACCUAAACCCCCAAAAGCAUCAUCUGAUGAUGAAUCUCCCGAUAUUUCAAAGAUUUCUAUUAAACGAACACCAGGAAAAAGCCAAUUAGCUAAAGAUGGAAAAGUAAUGUCUAGGGAAGAGGUCGAAGAAUUAUGGACUAAGGAAGACAUUAUUUCUAGUGCACAAAAGAAAGCCAAAUAUGCUAUUUCUGCUUUGAAUUACGAAGACAUUGAAACUGCAAUUAAAGAGUUGCAAGAAGCACUUAAACUACUAAAAGGUGAGUAA